UACAAUGGACCGCCUCUGCGUGCGCAGUGUCCCACUGCUGAUGGCGCUGUAAACACAGUGACGCGGCCGUUGCGUGGCCCAUGCAAAUCACAGAUUGGUGUUGUAUAUGUGGACGAGUGCGAGAGACGCUAUAUUCACGUCCACAGCUUCAUAUGCAAUCACAUAAACAAAAGACACGCGAGGACUGCUCGUCGGAGGUGCAAUGGCAAGGAAAAGUGCAAUUCCUCCUUCAUACUAUGGGGAGCCACACAAAUUUGACCCCACAUUCAGAGGACCCGUUCACAAUAGGGGCUGCACAGACGUGCUUUGCUGUGUGAUCUUUGUCAUCGUCAUCCUCGGAUACAUCGUUCUGGGAACAGUGGCUUGGAUGCAUGGGGAUCCCCGGAAAGUGGUCUACCCGACAGACAGCUAUGGGCAGUUCUGUGGACAGCGGGAUACUCCUAAUGCAAAUAAAGCCAUAUUAUUUUACUUCAAUAUUUUACAAUGUGCCAAUCCUACAGUCCUCAUUAACCUCCAGUGCCCUACAACUCAGCUGUGUGUAUCCAAGUGCCCAGAUAGAUUUGCCACAUACAUUGACAUGCAAUACAACUAUAGACGCAAUAAGACCUACUGGGAAUACUACAAGCAAUUCUGCAAGCCGGGAUUCAACAAUCCUGAUAAGGCGGUUUCUCAGGUGCUACGGGAUGAAGAUUGUCCCUCAAUGAUUGUGCCAAGCAGACCAUUUCUCCAGAGGUGCUUUCCCGAUUUCAUCACCAGAAACGGGAUGUUAACUGUUGCAAACCAAACAAGCUUCAAAGAUGGACAUGGUAAAACCAGAAGUGUCGUCGAUCUGAGAGAUGCGGCAAACAAAGUUACAGCCAUGCAGCAAGGAACAGAAAGUGGCAUCACCAGCCUGUUGGAUGCAAAGGAAAUCGGCAUCAAGAUCUUUGAGGAUUUCGCCAGCUCUUGGUUUUGGAUUCUAGUUGGUCUGGUGAUUAGCAUGCUGGUCAGUCUGAUCUUUAUUCUGCUGCUGAGGUUCACCGCUGGCGUUCUCUUCUAUAUGGUCAUCUUCGGGGUCAUCGCGGCUGUGGGCUAUGGAAUAUGGCAUUGUUACUGGGAGUACAGUUCUCUCAAGGGGAAGCCGGACUCUGAUAUCACCAUCUCAGACAUUGGGUUCCAGACUGACUUUCGGGUGUACCUGCAGCUGAGUCAGACCUGGCUCAUAUUCAUGAUCUCCUUGGCUGUCAUUGAAGCUUUCAUCAUCUUAGUGCUGAUAUUCCUGCGGAACAGAGUUCGUAUUGCCAUCGCUCUUCUGAAGGAGGGCAGCAAGGCGAUUGGCUGCAUCAUGUCAACACUCUUCUAUCCCAUCAUCACCUUUCUGCUGCUGGCUCUCUGUAUCGCAUACUGGGCUGUUACAGCUGUGUUCCUGGCAUCAUCUGGCGAUGCAGUCUAUAAAGUAAUGUCAACACUACCUGACUGCAAGUAUACCAAUCUCACCUGUGACCCAGAGACCUUCAGUAAAUCAAACGUGACUAAACUGUGUCCGGGCUCCCAGUGCACAUUUGCUUUUUACGGUGGGGAGAGUUUGUACCACCGUUAUAUCUUUGUACUUCAGCUCUGCAAUUUACUUGUCUUCCUCUGGCUGGUGAAUUUCACCAUCGCUCUGGGCCAGUGCACCCUCGCUGGGGCUUUUGCCUCAUAUUACUGGGCCUUGAGGAAGCCAGAAGACAUCCCACCUUGCCCCUUGGCUUCAUCAUUUGGCAGGGCUUUAAGGUAUCACACGGGCUCUCUUGCAUUUGGAGCUUUGAUUCUUUCCAUCGUACAGUUCAUCCGGAUUAUUCUGGAGUAUCUCGACCACAAACUGAAAGGUGCUCACAAUGCAUUUACACGCUUCCUGCUGUGCUGCCUCAAAUGCUGUUUCUGGUGCCUUGAGCACUUCAUCAAGUUCAUGAACAGGAAUGCUUACAUUAUGAUUUCAAUAUAUGGGAAGAAUUUCUGUGCCUCAGCGCGAGACGCUUUCUUCUUGUUAAUGAGGAACGUUAUGAGAGUUGCUGUUCUGGACAAGGUGACUGACUUCCUGCUGUUCUUGGGCAAACUGCUGAUCUCAGGGAGUGUGGGUGUUCUUGCGUUCUUUUUCUUCACCCGCCAAAUACCAGUAAUCCAGGAAGAGGUGCCGUCAUUAAAUUACCAUUGGGUCCCUCUACUGACUGUGAUAUUUGGAUCCUAUAUGAUUGCACACGGAUUCUUUAACGUCUAUGCCAUGUGUGUAGACACAUUGUUCCUCUGCUUCUUGCUUGAUCUGGAGAAGAACAACGGCUCGGCAACCCGGCCGUAUUACAUGAGCAGCAGCCUGCGAGCCAUCCUCAACAAGAAGAACCACAAGAGGCCAAAGGAGAAAAAGAAAGGCAGAAAAUAAAAGGAGCAAGCAACAAAAAGGCACUGAUCUGAAAAACAGACACUGCCGGUUGUUGUUCUGUUUGCUGACCAUCAGCGUCCUAAAUGGACUGCUUUAAGCAGUAUUCAGUCAUGUCCGUAGGCAGCCUUUGUGUUAUAAAUCUUAUUAGAAGCCCAAAAAUACAAAUACAAGAGUCUUCGAUCUGAUCAGCAUCUUUUUGUUAUGUUUUCAUUAUGAAGGUAAAUAUAAUUGACAAUUAUAAUUGGCAACUAAAUCAGCUGCGAUUAUUUCCUGUUUAUAGGUGUGUGGAAGUGUCUUGCUUUCUAUGCAUUUUUAUAGAUUUAGUAAUUUUUUAACCGAUUCUUGUCUUUUAUAUGACCAUUGCAUUCUGUUAGCACCCAUUUGGGGUGAAACUGCCACUUUUCUCAUAUUGAGAAAAUGACCGGUAACACAUUUUAAUUGCUCUUCACUAGAUGAAUUUUCCUCAACUUUUAUAAGUUGCUGAUUGUAAUUGCAGUUCAGCUGAAGUGCCUUACUCCAACACUCCGUUAACAGCUCUUUUAACCUCAACCACAUGUUGAUUUGAGCCCUUUUCUGCUGUGCAGAGCUUUAAACUCUUAUUUAUUCCUUCAUUACUGCUCUUAUUCAUCCAUCCAAACUGCAUUUCUCAUCAGAUCGAUUGCUCUCUAGCAGUAGGUUACAACCCUUGCUCCUUCAGAGUGAUUUCAUUUUGUCCGUUCACACUUCAUUAUAGCCAAGGAAGGACUUCAAUUUAUGUUAAUAACACCUUGAUAUGAAUAUGUGUGCAGAAUGUUAGUAGUUAUUUUAGGUUGACUAAUUUCUCCUCAUAUUUUGAUGUUUUUUACAAUGUUACAAUGUACACAUUUUUCCUCCUUAUUUAAAAGGGAUAUUUCUUCAAAUGUUUUAAUCAAAAUCCAUUUUUUUACCAGUUUUAUGUUAAGAACACUUGAAUGUGAACGCUAAUACAGUGAGUGCAUGUGCUGAAAUGUUAUUCGGCUCUCAUAAUUCAUUUAAAUUGUAUUUUUUUUUUUUUUUUUUUUUAACACUUGUCUUAUCUUAUUAGUAUGUAACUUUAUUUAAUUCUCUUCUUUUACAGUGUGGUAAAUGUUUUUAUUAUUUUUGUGACCAUAUAUUGUGCUAAUUUGUAAUGCAUAAUAACACUAUGGUGUAAUCCACGUGCAUGCAAGGUUAAAUUCGGAAAUAAAGUAUUUCAUAUAAGUA